UUUGUGUGUAGUGAGUUUUUUUUGUGUGGUUUGACGUUUGUGAUUUUGUAUUGUAUAUUCAUAAUUAUUGUUACAUAUAUAGAAAUCCCUCAGAUUUUUUAAUAUGUCUGACGAUAUUUUAUUUGAACUGUUGCAUUCGGAAAUAAUAAGUUACACCCUACAAAAUGCAGAUGAAAAAGAUAAAGAAAAAAAGGAUGAAGAUCUAUCCAAUUUAGAAUAUAUAGGAUUUUCAACGGGCUACAGGAUAAUUGAAAGGCUCACCAAAGAAAUGGCUCGCUUCAAAGAAGAGCUUGAUACAAUGAAGUUCAUUUGCACCGACUUUUGGUCAGCAGUUUACAAAAAACAAAUAGACAAUUUAAGAACAAAUCACCAAGGUGUAUAUGUGCUCCAAGAUAAUUCUUUCAGAUUUCUUAGUCGAAUGUCAAGUGGGAAACAAUAUUUGGAACUAGCACCCCAGUAUGUGACAUUUACAUGUGGAGUAAUUAGGGGCAGUUUGGCUAACUUAAAUAUACAGUGUUUAGUAACUGCUGAGGUGCAGAGUUUACCAAGUGUUAAGUUUCAUAUCCAGGUGCAGAGAAGUUGAUAAAUUGUGUAUAAUAGUUUUUUUAAUUUAUUAAGAAAAACUAUUGGUAAGAGCUGUGUAGGUGUAUAAGUCGCUUUUAGAAGAAAAGAGUAAAAAACUA